AUGCUCAGGCCACUCAGUCUGGAACCCACAGUCUCAGCCUCUAGCCGACAGGCUGAAUGGGACUUUGAGGUGGACAACACCUUGACUAUUCGAAAGCCAGUUAAAUCUGGCUUCCUGGUCUCCUUCUUGGUUGAUGCUCGUGGAGGCCUUGUUCAAGCCCAGCGCAGGAUGGACCUGCGUUUUCUGAUACCACCAAAUGCUGCUCCAGGACCUACGAGGAUUGUUUGCCGAAUGCUACGUCCAGAUAGAGCCUACAGCAGACCCAGCUUAAAUGAUGGCGACUCUCUGGCCAGCAGGCUUCUAGAGAUGGGACCCUACCAUCUGCGCUUCACAUCGCCAAUUCUUAUUGAGGUGCCCCAUUGUGCAUCAUUGAGGGGACGAGAGCGCGAGGUGAUCAUACUCAGAAGCGAUAAUGGCGACACGUGGAAGGAGCACCAAGUCGAGGCAACAGAUCAGGCUGUUCAAGAUGCCCUGGGCUCUUCUUUCGGUGAGUUCGAUUGCCUUUUCCUGUGCAUGAACUGA